CACAUGAAUGAGUUUAUUUCUCCUGCUUCGUCUCCCCACAUACCAUCCACAUUCCAUCUUGACACUCUACAUCAAAAUGAUGUUGAUUUUUUGGGAAACGAGGAGGAGCAUGUGGAUUCUGAUAGGGAUGAGGAUGAUGAUGCAAGAGAAUUAGCUGACAAGGCAAUAAAGGCUGGUGUUCCUUCACAAGAUUGGCUUAGAGUUGACGAAGUUGAUCAAAGGUUAAUAGAUUCAUGGAUGACUUGGAAUGUCACUGGUUCAUUAACUGUGGCUUCUGAAUUUGAGAUAGGACAAGAGUUCGCCUCAUUGCAGCAAUUAAAGAAUUUUGUGAAAGCAUGGUCGAUCUCUAGAAACCAGAUGUUUCGGGUGUUAGAGUCAGAGCCCACAAAGUAUGUCAUUGAAUGUGCUAGAAAGGAAGUGUGUCACUGUCCAUGGAGGUUGCGUGCAAUCAUGACUAAGUCGUUCUCAUUCAAAAUUGUACGAUAUGUUGGUCCACAUGCAAGCAAUUGUUUAGGAGACAUAACAUGUGGAGACCAUCCUCUCAUUUCAUCAGAUUUCGUUGCUGAUCUUAUCGAGGAUUUCAUUAGGACUGAUCCUUCAUUCAAAGUUCAGUCCAUCCUUACUUUUGUGAAGAACCAAUAUCAAUUUUCAAUAACAUAUAAGAGAGCUUGGUUAGCAAAACAAAAGGCAAUCAACAAUAUUUUUGGUGAUUGGGAGAAGUCGUAUCAAGAGUUACCGAGGUACUUGCAAGCCUUGAAAGAGUCCAAUCGAGGCACUGUCGUUUACUGGAGUACGAUCCCAACACAAGAUCCUACUACGCACAUCUUUAGGAGGGUCUUCUGGGCCUUUAAACCCUCCAUUUCCGGAUUCCGUCAUUGUCGGCCUCUUAUCACUAUAGAUGGUACUCACUUGUACGGGAAAUACAAAGGCAAAUUAUUGAUUGCUAUGGGAACAGAUGCUAAUUUCCAGCUAUUCCCACUUGCCUUUGCUGUUGUGGAGGAAGAAAGCACGGAGGACUGGUCUUGGUUUUUAGCUUGCAUUAGACGUUCCGUCACAGAUAGAAAGGAUCUGUGUGUCAUCUCUGAUCGUCAUAGGGGUAUCCUUGCAGCUAUGAAUGAGCCUGGUAGUGGUUGGGAGGAACCAUAUGCACAUCACCGCUUUUGUGUGCGUCAUCUUGCUUCGAACUUGAAUUCGAAGUAUAAGAAUGCUGCCAUCAAGAACCUAUUCGGAAAAGCUGCAUAUGCUAGGCAGAAAAGGAAGUUUUUGUACUAUAUGGAUCGAAUUGGCUCCAUUAAUGUCGAGGCAGCUAGAUAUCUGUUGGACAUUCCCCUUCAUCUAUGGUCUCUACAUCAUGAUGGUGGGUGUAGAUAUGGUGUGCAAACCACCAACAUGUCUGAAGUGUUUAAUGGUGUCCUAAAAGGAGCAAGAUGUCUACCGAUCACUGCUUUGGUAAGAAUGACUUUUAUCGUGUCAAUUCUUAUUUUGCUACAAGGAGAGAAUUAGGUAGAAAAAGACUUGAGGAAGGCCAUGAUUAUAGCCCGAAGGCGACUAACAUCAUUGAAAAGAACAUGGAGAAGGCAGGUGCUCAUGAGGUGAUUGUGUUUGAUUAUGAGCGAGGGCUAUUUGAGGUCACUACUGGUCGUGGAGACCGUAUUGCGGGGAAAGGUGGAAAGAAACACACGGUUAACUUAAUGCAGAAGACAUGUACAUGUGAGAAAGUCAUAAUAUAUAAGUUGCCGUGUUCUCAUGUCCUUGCGGUAUGUCGUCACCGGAGCUUGUCAUAUAGUGGUUUUGUGGACGCUUCAUUUCUGACUAGCUCGUAUCGAUCUACUUAUAUGUCCUUUUUCAAGCCUGUGCCUGAUAUGCAUAAUUGUUCUCCAUAUGAUGGUCCGAGAAUUAUAGCUGAUGAGAGGCUAAAACGUGGAGCUGGACGUCCACGGUCCACUCGAAUACAAAAUGAAAUGGAUGCAGCUGAUAGGUCUGGCAAAUAUAGAUGUAGCAUUUGUAAGGUUUCAGGACACAAUAAGCAAAGAUGUCCUAAUAAGAACGGUGAAGGAACAUCUGGGUCUGAUGGCGCAGUCCAUCUUUCCCGGCCCCACUGAUCGCAGCGUUCUCACCCUCCAGGACCAGCAUCGGAGUGAGGAUGUCUGGAGGGGAGUAGCGGACACGGUACUAUCGUGUCGGUUGCAUCAUCACAGUCUCUAUCUUGACUGGGAGAUUCACGAGAGGGUUCUUCGGUAUGUCGAGCGGGCUGGUUUUCUCGGCAUACAUCGUUUGGUAGGGGGAGGUUUGGAGAUUGAUAGACCACUUCUGACGGCAUUAGUGGAGCGAUGGAGGCAGGAGACCCAUACAUUUCAUUUGACUGUUGGGGAGGCGACGAUUACUUUGGAGGAUGUCGCUGUUAUCCUUGGACUUAGAGUGCACGGGGCACCUGUUACUGGUCGAGGCGAGGGUAACUGGGCUGCAUUAGUUUUCGAGUUGUUAGGGAUUUGGCCCAACACACCGGAGAACGAGCCCAAAGUUCUCCAGGGUUCGUCUUUGAGAUUGACAUGGCUUCGGCAACAUUUUUUUUGUUGCCGAAUGAUGCUGAUGAGGUGACUGUACAGCGAUUUGCCCGGGCUUACAUUCUUGCAUUGAUGGGGUCCAUUCUUUUUGCCGACAAGAGUGGAGAUGCAGUCCAGGUUCUUUAUCUCCCGCUUUUAGCUGAUCUCGACGUAGCAGGGACAUAUAGUUGGGGUAGUGCGACCCUUGCAUACCUGUAUCGGCAGCUA